AUGAUGGUAGGUGCUGACCCCGUAUUGAGACGUAUGAAAUUUGAAGAAAAUGUUACAGAAGACGUCAUUGUAGAGGAAGAAAACGAUCCAGUCUCAGAAAACGGAAAAGAUGUGUACUCCGCGGACGAUGAGAAAAACAUUUUCAAUAACAUAGGUAACAAUUAAUUCACUUGAAACAUAAUCAUUGCAAUUUUUCAGAAAAUGUGACAGCAGAAAACGAGGAUCAGAUUUAUACGAGCGAGACGGAAAAACUGUUGAAAGACGAAAUAAAGUUUAGCACGUGUAAGUUUAUGAAAAUUUUAUGAUUGAAACGAAAAUAAAAGAGUUCUUUAUGUUCAAAAGCUUUAGAUUAGUUUUUUUCUGAAUAAAUGCUACAAAGUUUUUUUCUCAAAGGAGCAUCCGAGAUAGAUAUUUUUCUGAAUGAGAAAAGGGAUAUUCAGCAAAAAAACCUUUUUCUGUAUGGUUUCAAAAAAAUUUUUUUGUUUGUAAAUUUGAGAGUGCGCUCCAAAUGUAUUAUUUAAGUGGAACACUGAAAAAUAAUAGAACUUUCUACUCACUUUUGCUGAAAAUUGAGGCUCAACUAUUUCAAUAAUUUCCUCAAAAAAUUUUAAUUUAACCGCGACAUUUUUACCGCGAAAUUUGCAAAACCGAACUUUGACAAGUUUCGAAGACAAUUAAGUUGGAGGAUUCAGUCACACAGAAGAAAAUAUGUUGAAAAAAAACGCAUUAAUGGCGCAACAGAAAACGAACGUUUUAAAGCCGCGGAGCAGGAGCUGUCCGAUUCUGAAAUACUUGUUAUUGCCGCGGCUUUGCUCGCUCGAGACACAGAUCGAGGUGAGAAAUAGAAGAGGAAUAAAUUAAUUAUUUUUUCACAGAUUUCAAGAGAAGGUCUGUCUCUCUUUCGAAAUGGAAGUUCAUUAAACAUGUCCGUCAAUAUUGGUUCGAUAAGAAGAAAAAUUUCGCGUUCUUCAAAAUAUGCAAUUCAUGCGGGAGAAUAGCUCCCGGAAGUUGGUAAGCAAAAAAUGUUUGCUUGUACAGCCUUUUUCAUUUAGUUGUGGUGUCAUCGCGGAGGUCACAAUGUGUGACGUUUUGACUCAGCUUCAAGAAAUUCUUACAUUGCCUAUCUGUUUAAACAUAAUGAAGAUAAAUGGGCGAGCAGUCUUUUUGAGAACCACGACGAGGAAAAAACAAAAUAAACUUUGGGUAUUUUUGACAGUCUUUGAAAAGCUCGUCUGAAAAUUUUAUACGUUUAUGGAAAUGUUUACUGUACAUUAGGUUUCGAGAAGCUUGUUCUUUCAAAAAUCAGAAUUUCAAGUUAAGAAAACAGCUGGAGACCUUCUAUCUAAUUUUGAAGAUUUGUAUAUAACUCAUUUUUUUUCUUCAAAACGUUCCCACAACUGAUCAAAAAUAAUUCAUUCGAAUGUAAGCCCAUGUCGUGAAUGCUUUUGUGUAUACGUCAUUUUUAGACGGUCGGUUUUGUACAUGAAGCAUGCAUGGAGCAGGGCGAGUUAUACGCAUUGCUGCCAAGUGGCCUCCAUCUCGAUCUACUGUCGUUAUUACCUGCCACGUGUGUGGUUGAUGGAAAGAACAGCGAUCAAGCUGUGUCUUUAAUCGUAACUUCAGUUAUGACAGCGGUUUUCAAUAAUACUAAAAGAAUAUUUUUAAUAGAUUUUUUUGAGAAUGACGAACUUUACCCAGCAUACUCUUCUUCUCCGCUGCCUGCAAAGCUAGUUUAUAUCGGAGAUUCGUUGUUCAAUGGGCUUUUCGGUUUUUUUUUUUUAGGUCAAACAAUAAAAUAUUUUAAGAGUUGUGCCGGCGAGGACUUCUUCUUGAACAGCAAAAAUUUGCUAAUGUAUGGUCUCGAGCCGCGGAACAUCAGAGAAUUCGCACCUCGAUACAAACAAAAGUCCGGCAGCAUCUGUGAGUUUUUCGGUGGUAUGAAAAAAGCUAGCAAAACGACUUUUCCGAUUUUUUCAUUUAGCUAGAAAAUUUUCCGACGGCGAAAAAGAGACAUUUCCGAUUAAUCCUUUUCCGACUUUUUCCCUUAUGUUUUUCGGUUUAUAAAAGAUCUAUUAACAUUCAUUUUUUUCCUUUCUCUUUGUGUUUUAAACAUGGAUCAAUUACCUAUUUCAUAUAAGAAAGUUCAAAACGAAUAUUUUAUCAAGAAAAAAAAGUUGAAAAAGGAUUAGUUGAAAAUUUCGCAGCCGGAAAGUCACCUACCCAUAUGAAAACAUUGGAAAAGUCGCCGUUCGAAGUUUUGCUGGCUUUUAUUUCAAACCCCAUUUUUCAUGUAACUUUUACCACGUUUUGAAACUCUCGCUAACUUUUUUAGUGAACGGAGAAGAAGCGAUUUCGCCAAGCUAAGAGAUGAUCCGACCAUUUGCUAUAAAAUAGCGCAAAAGUUAUUGGAGAAUUCUCAUCCAAGGUGAGAAAUAAUCUCAUCCAAAUCUAUUUCGUUCAUUUGAGGGAUUCGAACGUCGUAUCUAUUGAGUCUUCUGGAAUCAUUGUCGGAAACGAAGUUCCUGUCGAAGAAGAGAUUGUCGUAGACGACGUUGAAAAUCAAGACCCUAAGAGUAUUAUCAAAAAUUGA